GUGUUUUGUUUCAGUCACUGAAACCAAAUAGCUUCUUCGUCUUUUGCAAACCCUCGAACCCCCAAGGAAACAAACAAAAAAAACCAACUAUUUUUUUAACUGUUUAGAGCCAGAAGCAGUCUCAUUCAAUGUCGGCUCUUAUGGCGUUAUGCAGAGCUCGAGCUUCUUCUUCUUUAUUCAACACCAUGAUUCGUCCAGCAUUUCGCUCUUUCUCCACAGGUUUUGCUGAGGCGCAGAACAAAUCAUUGGUGGCGCAAAUGAAAGAAGAGAUGCUCCACAUGGACAUCAACUCAAUGGUAGGAAGUUCCAUGCCACUAGGUAUGAUGCGUAUCGGAACAAUCAUCUACAAUAUCGAGAUGAACCCAGGGCAAGGCGCCAAGAUGGUCAGAGCUGCAGGAACCAACGCCAAGAUCCUAAAGGAGCAUGCUUCAGGGAAAUGCUUGCUGAAGCUUCCAUCAGGGAACACCAAGUGGAUCAACGCCAGUUGCCGUGCUACGAUUGGCACAUUGUCGAACCCGUCUAACGGAACCAAGAAGCUGAGGAAAGCAGGACAGAGUAGGUGGUUGGGGAUAAGGCCCACAGUUAGAGGACUAGCCAAGAAUCCGUGUGAUCAUCCACAUGGUGGAGGUGAAGGAAAAAGCAAAAGUAGUGGAAGCCGAGGUAGGACAUCGGUUACUCCGUGGGGUAAACCGUGCAAAGGCGGUUACAAAUCCGCUAGUGUCAAGAAGAAGAAGAAGCGUUUGGCUGCUGCAGCUGCCAAAAUGUGAUAUGGGUAAUCUCUCUCUCUUCUUUAGAUGCUUCUGAGUUCUUUCUUUCAAACCUCUCUCUCUCUCAGGGUUUUGUAAACGUCGUUAUUGAAUCUUUUAGGCUUUGAUCAAUUUAUAAUAAAUAGGGUUUGAAGUAUAAAUGCCCAUAGGGCCUUU